AUGGGACCCAACCCCGCCAGCACUUCGGUAAGCUUUCAGCUUACCUUUACAGCCGGGCCCGCGCAAGUCGGCACUGACCGCCUGUGGAGCGGCAUGCAGUGCAAUACUGCGACCAUCGUGGGUGGCCCGGUGACGAACGGAAUUGUGCUCCUUCAGAUUGACAGCACCGUACUGGCUAGCAUUCAGACAAACAAGUACUAUGGAGUCGUAGUCGACGUUACGCACGUCCAGUCAGCCAUUUUACCGGCUAGCGUCGUCAAUUGCUUGGGGGGGGGUUUGGUGAAUACUUUCAAAACCACUGCCAGGAGCGAGGUUAAAUCCACUCAGGCCAGGCGUGUGUGGAGUAUUCUUACGGCCCGCCUGCGUUUGCCGGCCCUGAAUCCGUAUGUGAAACCGCCUCUCGUCAGCGACGCCGGCAGCAUGAGCAUUCCGCUUUACCUUUUCAGUGCCAAACAGCAUGCGCAGCAAUCAGCCGGCUCCGAGACUAGCAACAUGCUGCUGGCCUGGGAGCAGCGCGAAUGGCCUGGGAGCAUCACGACCUUGCCGCAGGACGGCACGCAUGCCCGUGCUAGCCUGUCUCCCAACCCCAGCGUUAGCAGCAUUGUUAACGACCGCAAAGUCCUGCCGCUUGUAUUGACGGUCAACCAGCGACAGUACCCGGUGUGCAGCGACAGCCCGGAAGUACUGCGCCAGCUUCCUGGCUUCGACGCCUUCUUUGCAGACUUGCCGUACGAUGAUGUUGAAAUCCGAGCCGCGUUUUGUGCGUCACGGCCGUUCAGCAUUGUCGGCACAGCUACUACUACCACCAUCGGGCGCACCACUUUCGUAACCGCCUUUCAACAAUAG